AAGUCACCAUUUAUGCAAAAUUUGUUUCCUUCCCCAAAGGACGAUUCUGAUGAAAUGUAUCCAAUUCCAUACAGUCGUUCAUGACUAGUAGCGAUUUAAAGGAUAGCACUAUUUCCGCUAUUGCGCCAUGCCCUAUCUGCCUCUGGAAGGUCAGAAUGACAUUUUUCAUUCUUCAAAGGUUCGUCUGCCAAAUUUGGUCAACAUUCAUUCAGUUGUUGAUAAAUAAUGGCCAAUUGAACUAUUUACUUCUCUUUCCCAUAAUGUUCUGUCACGUCUCUCCUGCUUCAGGGGCCUAAAGCCAACAUUUAUGCAAAAUUUCUUUCAAUUCCCCAAAGAUGCUUCUGACAUCAAUCAAUAUCCUUUCAGUCGUUCAUGACUUGGUUAUUAGAAAAAUUUGAUGGUCGACUGACGCCGUUCCAUGGCAUACGCUCACUGGUCCUUUCGGCCAGGUGAGUUAAAAAUGGUUUGUCCACAAGUCCUAGAAUUUGAAAGUCGUCAUUAACGUGUUACAUGAGGGUUAGGACGGCGGCACGACCUUCAAAAAAUCACAAAACCAGUGAGUUAUACAAAUUUGCCAAGAUUAUUGCUGAAUUACUUUAUUUUUUCAUAGGACUACACAAGAAACUGUUCCUGAAUGCAAUUGCUAGGAUGAACAAUGAGUAUGGCAGUGAGGUGAACACUGACAUGUUCACAUAUGUGGUGGACUUUGUAUCGGACCCAAGCGCAGAUAUGAGCUACGUCAGAGCGUACAUUCAGGCAACGGGGCACGUGACGUUCCAAAUACCUGGGCUUGGUAUCGAAUUAGAAAUGAAGAGAAACGAGCGGCUUUAUUUUCACGAGACAGAAACAGGAGUAAGCUGUAAAUACACGAUGGAUCAGAUCCGGGCUCUGACCAACAGGGCAGGACUGAACCUGACCGACAAGUGGACGGACGACCAGCAUCAUGCUGUGAUAUGUAGAUGUGUUAAAGAUGUGAACGUCUAACCUUUAAUUUGUCAGGAACAGAUAAACAUUGAGUGUAAAUACAUUUAUAAGUUCCAUCUGUGUAUUUUUGAUACCAAUUGUAUCUAUAUUUUGAUACCAAACAAUGCUGUGA